UUAUUUUUUUUUUAUGCUCCGGUGCACAACUCUUGUACCCCACAACAUCCGUUGCUUGUAAUACUCCAUAUAUUCCACGGACGUAUAUUUGUGAUAUAUUCGUAAUGACUCAAGAAAAAUUGGAAAAGAUUCCAAGGAAAGAUGACAAAAAAGUAGAUGGGAAACGAAAGGAUAAAGAUCAUCCUCCAACUAAGGUUGUGGUGAGGCGCCUUCCCCCAUCCCUCACACCAGAAAAUUUCCUGGAGCAGGUGGCACCAUUACCAACAUAUGACUUCUUUUAUUUUGUUCGUGCAGAUCUUAGCUUGGGCCAGUAUGCUUUCACCAGGGCAUACAUUAAUUUCCAGAAUCCAGAGGAUGUAUUCUCUUUCAGAGACAAGUUUGAUGGCUAUGUGUUCCUGGAUUCCAAAGGCAAUGAGUACCCUGCAGUGGUGGAGUUUGCCACAUUCCAGAAGGUUCCAAAGAAGAAAGCAAAAAAAGGAGAUGCCAAGAAAGGAACGAUAGAACAGGACAGUGACUAUAAGCGAUUCCUAGAAACUCUUCAGAACCCAGAACCUGAAUCCUCUGUGUCCAUUGACACAUACCUGGAGGAGCUAGAGGAACGCGAGCGUCAGCAGAAAGCUUCUAGUGGUAAUCGACUGACAACGCCUUUGCUGGAGUUCCUCAAACGUCGAAAAGAGGAACGUAAAACUGCCUUUUUGAAGAUGAGAGAAGAGCGCAGACGUCGUGAAGUAGAAAGGCGACGAGUAAAAGAGGACGACAGGCGUCCUCGCAAAGACCCAAGUGACAGGGAGGGCUCAGGGCGGGACAUGCGAGACCGAGGUCAAGGUCGAGACAAGCAGUGGGAAACAGACAGGCAGCGUGACAAAGUGCUGGAAAAGGGGCAUGAUUACAAGGCUGGGAGAGAUAAAGACGUGGGGGAAAAAACAGAAGGCUUUCAUCAUCACCAUCCUGUCAAGUUGUUGAAAAAUACAGAGCGAGAAAAGGAAAGAGAAGCAGAAAGAGGUCUUCCACAUGAAAAAGACUCAUUUAGAGCUCGCGAGGAAAGAGAAUCAAAAACUAGUGGACGUGAAAAUCUGCGUUUUUCAAAGGAAAAUCGUGAACGUGAAAGAGCAGAGAGAGAGAAGAUUAAUCGUGGAGACAGGGGUAAGCCUGUGAAUAGAGCAGGAACUGGAAACAGAGGAGAGCGCAGCAAGCCUCAACAAGAAGAUACUUAUCGACGUGACGAUCAGUACCAGCAGGAUGAAAGACCGCAUCCUGGCUACAGAGACCGAAGGGAAAAGGUCCGAGAGAAAGAACGAGGCAUGGAGCGCUUAGACAGACAGAAAGAUGGAGAAAGAGAUAAGAACAAGAAAAACGAUCGUGACAGGGAUCAGCGUGGGCCCAGAUCGCGGCUGCAGGAGAGAGAGGGGGAGUGGAGUCGAGAGAAUAGGGAGAGAGAAGGAGGACAGAGAAGGGAUAAAGGUCAAGCAGGGUCAAGCACUGCAGCUAAAAGAGAAGCAGGCAAAGAGGGGAGCCGUGAUGAAAAUAGUGGUGCUAGCAGCAGCAAGAGAGACCAGGAUCUGCCGCCACGGGAUCGGGACAGACAUCGAGGUGAGCGUAGUGUAGCCAGCAAGGUCGGGGAAAGCAUGAAACAAAGAGAAGACCAGGGAAGCCCUGUGUUGGCAACCACGAGAAAGAACAGAGAAGAUAAGUCUCAAGCUCACUCAAAAACCAGAGACCCAUCCACGGAAGGAGAAGGGAAUAAACUUGAUCCUGAAGAUCGAAGACGGAAACGAAAGGAACGACCAGAAAGGCAGAUCUACGUGCCGCCCAAAGCUCUGGAACGCCGCCAGAAACAGGAGGCAGCCAAGGAGACAAAACGGGAAACAGGUCAAGGUGACAGUCAGAGUCAGAGUGAUAAAGGUGAAGGCCAGGAUUUGAAAAGGGAUGCACCAGUGCAGCAAGAGGCCAGCCUAGCAAAGCAGGAGAGAGAAAGAGUUCAAGUGAGAGAGAGACUGAGGAACAGGGGUGAGCGGUGAGAUGUAUAAUGUACAGCAGUGCAGAGAAAUCACCUUCUGUGUGUGUUCUGCAUUGGAAGGCAACCAUUUGCAGAUUGGAGUGCUGAUGAGAAGUAAAGGCAUUGUGAAAAAUCUAUGUUGGGUUCGCAGUUCAGAUUGCAUGACUAGAGGAAGAAGGCAUUAUAAGAAUAUGAGCACAAUAAAGGGGACUGUUUUAAGUGAGUGUAGUUUUGUGAAGUGAAUUGUGAAAUGAAUUGUUCCUGCAUGUAGGACAUGGCUGUUCUAAAAAUAUCGUCUAUACGUGCAAUAUUAAUAAAAUCCCAUUUUCCCAGUCCAAUCUCCCUCCUUGUUAUAUUAUUUGUGAUUGAGUUGUAUUUACAUGUGAUAAUAGAGGUUGCGUUAGGCAUUUGCUAGUAUAAUUAUUUGCAAAAUGCAAUGGUGUCCUGAAUCUGUCAGACUGGUCUUUAUGAGGGACAUAGUAUAGCAGCAAGAAUGUAGUAAUAAAAUUAAUAAAGGAGUUUGGAAAGUGCA